AUGUUGGGUAUCUUUCAGAAGAUAUCAUGCAGCGCUCUUCAGGAGAAAACCUUAUUACCCUUAUUGUACAUCCGGGACUACACAGUACAGAUCUGUCAUAUAAUUCCUUUAAUCCGGAGGAACCUCCUCCUGACCAGUCAUGGAUUGUUACCACAAGUACAGGGUCAGAAAGGGGUUGAAUGGUUUCACUGUGGUGAAGAGUUCACAAAAACCUCAGGUCUUUCUACAAACAGAAGAAAUAACACAGAGGAGAAGCCAUACCCAUGUUUAGAAUGUGGAAAGUGCUUUACAGAGAAAUUAAGUCUUGUUUUACAUGAGAGAAUUCACACAGGAGAGAAACCAUAUUCAGGUUCAGAAUGUGAGAAGUCCUUUACAGAGAAAUCAAGUCUUGUUUUACAUGCAAGAAUUCCCACACGAGAGAAGCCGCAUUCAUGUUCAGAAUGUGGGAAGUGCUUUAUAUAUAAAUCACAUCUUGUUACACAUGAAAGAAUUCAUACAGGGGAGAAACCAUACUUCUGCUCAGAAUGUGGGAAGCGCUUUACAGAUAAAUCACCUCUUGUUAGACAUGAGAGAAUUCACACAGGAGAGAAGCCAUAUUCAUGUUCGGAAUGUGGGAAAUGUUUUACACGAAAAUCACAUCUUGUUGCACAUAAAAGAAGUCACACAGGAGAGAAGCCAUAUUCAUGUUCAGAAUGUAGGAAAUGUUUUAAUGUUAAACCAAGUCUUGUUGAACAUGAGAAAUAUCACACAGGAGAGAAGCCUUAUUUAUGUUCUGAAUGUGGAAAAUGUUUUACAAAUAAAUCAAGUCUUGUUAGACACAAAAGAAUUCACACAGGAGAAAAGCCGUAUUCUUGUUCAGAAUGUGAGAAAUGCUAUACAGAUGAAUCAAGUCUUAGUAGACACAAAAGAAUUCACACAGGAGAGAAGCCGUAUACUUGUUCAGAAUGUGGGAAGUGCUUUAUAGAUAAAUCAAGUCUUGUUAUACAUGAGAGAAGUCACACAGGAGAGAAACCGUAUUCAUGUUCAGAAUGUGGGAAAUGUUUUAUUACUAAAGCCAAACUAAGGAAUCAUCAGAGUAACCACACAGGGGAGAUGUUCAUUUGUGGGGAUGAUACCUACAGGAAGGACGAGUACGUGAACCUCUCAUUCAAGCCUUUCGGGGAUAGACUGUUUAACAGGGAUACUAAGGAUACUGUCGUCAGCUUGCAGGAAAUCCAGGGCGAUCCCCCGUGUAAGAGUGAGGUGGAGGAGGACAUUCCAGGAGAUGUUACCACAGAGUAUCCCUCUGAGGAAAAUGUCAUGUUGUCACUAAAUUAUAAACUAGAAGAUGAAGACAUCAUGCAGCUCUCUUCAGGAGAAAACUUCUUUACUGUAAAUGUACAUCCAAGAUUUCACAGUACAGAUCUAUCCUAUAAUCUCUCUAAUCACGAGGAACCUUCUCCUGACCAAUCACAGAUUGUUAACACAAGUACAGGUCAGAAAGGGGGUGAAAGAUUUCAGUAUGGUAAACCAUUCUCAGGGCUCUCUACACACAGAAGAAUUCAAACAGGAGAAAAGCCAUACUCCUGCUCAGAAUGUGGAAAGUGCUUUACAGAUAAAUCAAGUCUUCUUAUACACUUGAGGAUUCAUACAGGAGAGAAGCCAUUUUCAUGUUCACUAUGUGGUAAAUGCUUUAGAGAAAAAUCAAGUCUUGUUAUACAUGAGAGAAUUCACAAAGGGGAGAAGCCGUAUUCAUGUUCAGAGUGUGAGAAGUGCUUUACAGAUAAAUCAAGUCUCGUUAGGCAUAAGAGAAUUCACACAGGGGAAAAACCAUAUUCAUGUUUACUGUGUGGAAAAUCUUUUACAAAUAAAUCUCAUCUUGUUAAGCAUGAGAGAAUUCACACAGGAGAGAAGCCAUAUUCAUGUUCACGAUGUAGAAGGUGCUUUAUAGAUAAAUCUCAUCUUGUUAAACAUGAGAGAAGUCACACAGGUGAGAAGCCAUUUUCAUGUUCACUAUGUGGGAAGAGCUUUAUAGAUAAAUCAAGUCUUGUUAGACAUGAGAAAAGUCACACAGGAGAGAAGCUGUAUUCAUGUUCAGUAUGUGAAAAAAGUUUUGCCCAAAAAUCAAAUCUUGUUUCGCAUGAGAGAAGUCACACAGGAGAGAAACCAUAUUCUUGUUCAGAAUGCGGGAAAUGUUUUAUGAAUAAAUCAAAUCUGGUUACACAUGAGAGAAGUCACACAGGGGAGAAGCCUUAUGCGUGUUCAGAAUGUGGUAAAUGUUUCACUGAUAAAUCAAAUCUGGUUACACAUAGGAGAAUUCACACAGGAGAGAGGCCGUAUUCAUGUUCCGAAUGUGGAAAGAGCUUUAUUACUAAAGCCAGACUCAGGGGUCAUCAGCGAAGUCACACAGGAGAGAAGCCAUAUUCAUGUUUGGAAUGUGGGAAAUGUUUUACAAAUAAAUCAAAUCUUGUUAAACAUGAAAGAAUUCACACAGGAGCAAAAUCAUUGUAAAAUAUUUUGCAAGGAAAUCACAUUUUUAAACUUGUAUAAGAAUUCACACAGAGAAGAAACCAUAUUCUUUUCGGGAUGUCGUAAAUGCUAUAACAGAAAAAAGUACCUAUACAUUUAACAUAUCAGGUUCAUAUUUGGGUGGAAUUAGCCUGGAUCUCCCAGACGACUAAAUUCUAUUUCUCUGGGAUCGACGGUGACCAGGAUCUAUUCAGGAAAAGUACUGUGGAUAUAAGGAAGAGAAGAAGAGCCUUGUUUACUUCCAGAGCAGUGAGGAUGAAUUGUCCCCAUGAACCUUGCUUCUUAUCUCUGUAUUCACACCUCCACCCACACUGUGGCAGAGUCCAGAGUGACAUGGGGACAAGUAACGACGCUCCAUGUAAUUGUUUUAUAACGUAUGCGGACAUAUUAAUAUUUCAUCUUCAUUUGAAGGAUAUAAAUGUGAUCAAAGUGAGCAGGAAACACUAAUAAAAAAAAUAUAUAUAUAUGUAUAGAAGGAAAUUUCAUAAAUGUAUUUAUCACUAUCUUAAAGACCAUAACUUACUAACGAGCUGCUCCAGAUUUGGUACAAACGAUCAGGGAUUCUCCAAGCCCUACUCAGAGGAAUGUGACAAUCGCAGAGAUUUCAGUACUAGUAAAAUGGGUUACAUAGGGUAAUAACCUUUAAAUUACUCCUGCUAUUGGUAUAGCUGAUGGGUGCUCACCUGAUGCUGUAAUGAAAGAGUCACAACAGCUCUUUGUGUGGGCCAGUCACUGGUUAUUCUGUCACUGGAACAGCAGGUCCAUGGAGGUGUCGCCACACAAAACGAACAGGCCAAGUUCCCGCUGUAAGUAUACAUUAGUGCUUGAAGGUUUUUUGAACCCUUCAGAAUAUUCUAUAUUCCUGCAUAAGUUCAACCUAAAACUUUGGUAGAUUUUUCACACACGUCCUAAAAGUAAAUAAAGAACCAAGUCAAACAAAAUGAGUCAAAAUACUAGAACUGGUCAUUUUUUUUAGGAAAAUUAUAUCACAUGUCUGUAAAUGGUAAAAGUGUGUGAACCUUUGCUUUUAGUAUCUGCUGUGAACUCCUAUCUCCAACUUUUACCAUUUCUGGUCAUUGCUGAUUUAGCCCUGUGUCCCAUAAGAGAAAAGGGCACGUUUUUGCAUUACAAGAAUCAGCAUACACAUGGGGCGGACCAGCAUAGCACAGGCAUGUAACUCGUGGCGAUGGCCAUUUCACGCUUCAGCUCUUCCUCAGGGCCAAAAUUGGUUGUUCCAUCAAUAAUGCCAAGGCCUGAACCAGAUGCAGAAAAACAGGCAGCAGUGUUCUUUUUGGAAAGCAGUGGCUUUCUCUUGCCAUCCUGCCAUGCAAACCAUUUCUGUUCAGUGUCCUACUGAUGGUCUUGUGAAUAUUAACAUUCACUAAUAUGAGAAAGUCCUUUAGUUUCCUAGAGGUUACCUGGGUUCCAUUCUGACCUCACAGACUAUUGUACACCUUGCUCUUGGUGUGAUCUUUGUUGGUUGAUGAUAGCUGGGGAUGGUAAUAAUGGUCCUGAAUUCCCUCCACUUGUACACAAUCUGUUUGACUGUGGAUUGGUGGUGUCCAAAUGGUUUGUAAGAUGGUUUUGUAACCCUUUUCAGGCUGAUGAGCGUCAGUAUCUCUUCUUCUGAGGUCCUCAGAAAUCACCUUUGUUCAUGCCUUGAUACACUUCCACAAACGUGUUGUGAAGAUCAGACUUUGAUAGAUCCCUGUUCUUUAGAUAAAACAGGUUGCCCAUUCACACCUGUUUGACAUCUCAUUGAACAAAACUGACUCUAAAUUUACCUGCUAAUAACAAAGGUUUGCAUACUACUUUUGUCACUCAUAGAUAUUUGUGAUAUUUGAUAAUUUUUCUCAACAAAUAAAUUAUCAAGUCUAAUGUUGGACUCAUUUUUUAGAUUUGGUUAUCUUUUAUAUACUUUUGGAACUUGAGUGAAAAUCUGAUGUAGUUUAAGGCCAAAUUUAUACAGAAAUAUAGAAAAUUCAGAAUGGUUCCCAAACUUUUUAUACAGAAAUAUAGAAAAUUCUGAAUGGUUCACAAACUUUCAAGCACCACUGAAUUUUCAGAAUUAGAAAAAUCUCCAAUAAUGCGCACCAACUAGUGUUGUACGAUUCAAACUUUAUUUAGCAUACUCGGGUUUACAUAUAUGCCAAAAUGUGCCAAUCUUUCAACAUGGAAGGCGUUACCUUAAAACUGACAGCUUGUGAUCAGCUACAUCAGUACAUAGUUAAAUAUGUUUAGUGCCUUGCAAAAGUAUUCACCCCUUGAGUCUUGUUCCUGCUUUGUUGCAUUACAACCUGGAAUUAAAAUGAAUUUUAGUUUAGAUAUUAUGUAAUGGAUCUGACAAAAUAAUUCAA